UUUACGUGUUUGAAAGAUCGUAGCGGAGGCAGGCAUCAGGCUCUAUGUGCCAACAAAAUUCAUUCAGGUGCCUGUGGCAUUGCUAAAUCUGUGGCUUCCCUCAAUGCCUUUUGCCAAGAUGUCCAAGUGCCACCACCAACAUCGACCCAGCCUCCGCCAAGUGACAUUUCCUCCAUUACACCGCCUACACCGACAGGAGCUACUUCACCUCCAUCACAGACUCAUCUCCCACAUUCAGAGUCACCCGCCAAAAAAGUAAAGCUUGAAGUAAUAGUUCCUGCCAUUGUUGCUCCAUUAGCAGUGAUCACAAUGGCAUGUGUUAUAUUUGGUUUAUAUCUUGGUAAAAGGAAGCACACAACAGAACAAAAUGUCGCAAAUAAUACUCAAUAUGCUCUUCCGACUCAGCCUCCUGGUCCGCUUCCAGUAACAAUUGUUACUGAGAAUCCAAAUAAAGGUUUGGCUCCAUCGCCAGGAGACUAUAUCAUGAAAGCCGACUCCUUGCAAUAUGAUGUGGCCACUCUUCAGGCUGCCACUAACAACUUCUCUGAUGAUCAUGUAAUUGGCCGAGAUGGAUUUGGUGUUGUUUACAAGGGGAGCUUACCAGACGGACAAGAAAUAGCAGUCAAAAGGCUAUCAAGAACCUCUAAUCAAGGUGAUAAAGAGUUUAAGAAUGAGGUUUUAUUGUUAGCAAAACUUCAACAUAGGAAUCUGGUGAGGCUGGUUGGAUUUUGCUUAACAGAUCGUGAAAAGUUACUUCUGUAUGAAUUCGUGCCUAAUAAAAGUCUGGACUACUUUCUAUUUGAUUCUCAAAAACGGGGACAAUUGAACUGGUCAACUCGUUACAACAUAAUAAAAGGCAUUGCUCGAGGAAUGCUUUAUCUUCAUGAAGACUCUCCUGAUCGAAUUCUUCAUCGUGAUCUAAAAGCUGCUAACGUGUUGCUCGAUACAGAGAUGAACCCAAAAAUUGCAGAUUUUGGCAUGGCGAGGAUCUGUGCCUUUGAUCAAACUCAUAUUGAUACAAGCAAAGUUGUUGGAACUUAUGGUUACAUGGCUGUAGAGUAUUUACUUCAUGGACAGUUCUCUAUAAAAUCAGAUGUAUACAGCUUUGGCGUGCUAGUUCUGGAGAUAGUAAUUGGCAGAAAGGUCAGCGAUGUCAUCUAUCAAUCUGGAGGCAGCUUUAAGCUUUUGAGCUACGCUUGGAGUUGUUGGUUAGACGGAGAACCUUUAAGACUUCUUGAUUCCAUGCUGGGAAACUCAUAUUCAAACCUUGAGGUCAUAAAAUGUAUACAUCUGGGUUUGCUAUGUGUGCAAGAGGAUAUUAACAAGAGGCCUACGAUGGCGACUAUAGUCCACAUGCUCAACUCUUACGCUGCAGCUGCUGGAACCCUUUCGAUGCCUCAACCCCCUGCAUUCCUGUACAGCAGCAGUUCAGACCAAUCUACGACGAGAAGAAGCAACACUGAUUCAACUACUUGGUCUCAGAACUAACAACGUCAAUCACCAAUAUGAUUGUUUGGUGUAGGGAGUGAAGUGUUGCUAGAAUGUACGUAUGAAAAACAACGUAAAUUUGCAAUUUCCUUGACUGCAUCGAUCACCAAUCUGAUUGAUGUGUAAGGUAGUGAAGUGUAAUUCAAUUGGUUGUAAACAUCUAAGGUGCUGCUCUUGGCAAAUCCCAGCAUACCCUUGGACUAACUAUAAAUUUUCCUUUAGUAUUGUGAUCUGAAAUUGGUUGUAUAAUAUCGCGUUUUCAUCAUGAAUCCAUCCAAUGACUGGUUUUUUUGGA